CACUCGCUCACACACGCCUACACUUACUCUCCGCCUCCGCCCUCCUUCCGAGCAGAUCAAAAGCACAUGCACGGAGCUCGAGAGUGAUAUUUCAUCAGCAAUCAAGCACAACGCUCUACUUUAUCCUGAUUCUGUACGCGCUUGGUUCAACCAGCGUUCAAGGCUGCCAAAUCUGCCCGAGCGGAAACGCCCACAGACCAAUCAUCGACAGCCUCACCUUCGCCAUCUGUGCAAAGUUUCUUUGGUUCUACGCCUUGUGUCAAUCACACCCACCUGCAACACUCGAGAAGGAUCAAGUCGGAUAGCGCUCCACACAUCUUCACAGCAGACAUGGCCGGCAAGCUGACCCAGUUCGGAAACAAGCUGCUGCGUCGCCGCACGUUGGAUUUCUCCAACGAGGAGACGCGCUUCGCCCGCUGCCUGUCCACCCUGGACCUCAUCGCCUUGGGGGUGGGCUCCACGCUGGGCGCUGGCGUCUACGUGCUCGCCGGCGAGGUGGCCCGAGAGAAGGCCGGGCCCGCCAUCGUCCUCUGCUUCCUCAUAGCAGCGCUGUCCUCCAUGUUGGCAGGCUUGUGCUAUGCCGAGUUCGGAGCCCGCGUCCCCAAGACGGGCUCGGCGUACCUCUACAGCUAUGUGACAGUGGGGGAGAUCUGGGCCUUCAUCACAGGCUGGAAUCUCAUCCUUUCCUAUGUGAUUGGUACUGCAAGUGUGGCCCGUGCAUGGAGCUCCACUUUUGACAACCUCGUGGAGCAGAAGAUAUCAGUCUUCUUCAAAGCCUCCAUGACAAUGAAGGUGCCCGGCAAUGUGUUGGCGGAGUACCCAGACCUGUUUGCGCUCAUUCUGGUACUUCUGCUCACCGGCCUGCUCGCCUUUGGCGUAAGCGAGUCGGCACUGGUCAACAAGAUUUUCACCGGCAUCAACCUGGUGGUGCUGGGCUUCGUCAUCAUCUCGGGAUUCGUAAAGGGAGACACGACCAACUGGAACCUCACGCUGGAGAACUACACCAGUUUCGUGAAUGAAAGCAAUAGCACCAAGUCAGUAGUUGUUGAGAAAGAAUUUGGGACCGGUGGCUUUGCUCCGUUUGGCCUCGCCGGCGUGCUGUCUGGUGCCGCCACCUGCUUCUACGCCUUUGUUGGCUUUGACUGCAUUGCCACCACAAGCGAGGAGGCCAAGAAUCCCAUGCGGUCCAUCCCCAUCGGCAUUGUGGCCUCACUCCUCAUCUGCUUCUUUGCCUACUUCGGCGUGUCCGCCGCGCUCACCCUGAUGAUGCCCUACUACCAGUUGGACAUUCAGAGCCCUCUGCCCGAGGCCUUCACCUACGUAGGCUGGGCCCCGGCCCGCUACAUUGUGGCUGUGGGCUCGCUCUGCGCCCUGUCCACCAGCCUGCUCGGCUCCAUGUUCCCCAUGCCCCGCGUCAUCUACGCCAUGGCGGAAGACGGGCUGCUGUUCCGUGCGCUGUCCCGAAUGAACGCUCGCACCAAGACACCUCUGCUGGCCACCAUUGCUUCUGGCAUUGUCGCGGCUCUCAUGGCCUUCCUGUUUGACCUCGGCGCUCUGGUUGACCUUAUGUCCAUCGGAACAUUGUUGGCCUAUUCGCUGGUAGCCAUCUGUGUUCUCAUCCUCAGGUACCAGCCAGGCACGUUGCCAUCAUCCAGCCAGACGGAGAAGCUGAUGGAGCAGGUAGAAGACGAGAAAGUGGCCGUGAGCGGCGGGGACAGCGGCGACGAGUACACUGAGAGUGAGGAGAAGCCCCGUAGGGAGGCUUUCAGCUUCAAACUGCUCUUCCACCCGAGCUCAAAGAUCCCUACGAAUGCCUCCGGCCAAAUCGUCUAUGUGACCACCGCCAUCAUCUCCGUCCUGAUCACCAUCCUGUGCAUCAUCCUGGCCAACUGUCUGCCUGCCCUGCUGGCCGGCGACAAAGCUGUGGUCGCGUCUUGCGUUAUUUUGGCUCUGCUGUGCGCCGCCUGCCUUAUCGUCAUCUGCAGGCAGCCCGAGAGCAAAGAGGCUCUGACCUUCAAGGUUCCCCUGCUUCCUUGGUUGCCCCUGUUCAGCGUCUUCGUCAACAUCUACCUCAUGAUGCAGCUGGACAAGGGCACGUGGUGUCGCUUCACUGUCUGGAUGGUCAUUGGUUUUAUCAUCUACUUUUUCUACGGCAUUAAGAACAGCAGCGCCAACCGCUCCUCCCAGCGCAAAUACGAGCCGGCGCUGCAGUCCAAGAGCCCUAUUUACAAGGGCGCCCCCGACGACAGCGACGUGGAGGGGGCCAACAGCCCCUGUUAGCCGCUCACGCAGUCCCGAGAACGGAGGGAGAUGAGAUGUGGUGAGGCGGUUUGGUGGUGGGGAUGCGGACUUUGGAACGUAGCCCGAAAGGGAGGAGUGGCAACACAUCUUUUGCCUCUUUUUAUACAGAGGCCAAUAAUAACUGGAUGCUACGGACAGUGUGACGCGUGCUUUUUAUUUUAUGUCGUCUGUGUAUAUAGUUAGCCAAGUAGCCUGCUCUCGCCACGUGAACGGUUGUCACAUCGCUCUUUUGUCAUCAUGCGAGAUCCUCCUCCUUCCUUGUCUCCAUUAGUGGAGAUGACAACUUGCGCCUGUGACGCUACGCAGGGAAACGUCAACUUCCUGUCCGCGUCCACUUGAUUGAUUGCACCAGCCUGUUGCUUUGUGUCUGCUGUGUGUGUAUAAACAGGGUAGUGCCGUAGCUAAACGGGCUUGACGUCCUGUUUUGGACUGAAAUGCUCUAAGGUCAAUAAUGGCACACUAUCCGUAUUGAUGUAAAUCUACAUGACACCUCACAAGUUUUUCCUAUUACUUAUGAAUCGGCGACUUCCGCAAUGGACCCUUUCCGUCGCACACUUGUCAAGUCCAAACUUGAGACUGCAUCAGGUGAAUUUGUUGCAAGCAAACUUGAACUUGUCUGUGAAAUUCAGUGUACAGUGGACCCUCCCAAAAAGUUGUGAUUCCAGUUGAAUUUCAAGUUCCAGCGUCAAAUACUGUCAAUUUGUUACAGACCAUAAAACUUGGAAUCACUUGAGUUUCAAGCUCCAGCGUCAAAAUACUGUAGAUUUGUUACCGACAAAAGGAACCGCUCGUCAAAUUUCAGUGGAGAGUGGAACUGCUGAAGUUGUCACGCCGGUUGACUUUUUAUGUUGUUUCAGCUUGUCAAAUGAACCGGUGACAACAUUGGAACCUGACUUUUAGUAUUUAUAUGCUGGUUGACUUUGAAAUUGUUCUCACGUCAAAUCAAUCGUUACCCACAAAAACUUGAACUUUUCAUUGACAUUCAGUGUACAGUAGAGCCAAAAGUUCUCACUUCUGUCAACUUCGCAGUUGAAACAUGAAGUCUAUUGUUUCCGAUGACAAAACUUGAACUUUUAGUUGGCGUUCGGUGUACAGCGGAACCACUGAAAUUGUGAAACCGGGUGGCUUUUUAAGUGUUCUCACAUCAAAAACAAUAACUGUCAAACGAGACCAGUUGUAACUUCUUGUUCACUUUCAAUGAAGAGAGGAACUUAGGAAGUUAUGACACUGGCUGAUGUUACAAGUUUUUCGAACAUGAUGAAAAAUUCAAGUCAUACUAACCGUGCCGGUGACAACACUUGAGCUUCUUGUUGACUUUCAGUGUACUGUACAGUGGAACCUCCGAAGUGGUGAUGCUAGUCGGCUUUCAAUUUGUUCUAAAAU